GACCCUCCACAAAGGUUGAAGUCCUGCUGCUCAACGGAAGAAAAAUUCAAACUCAGUUAUCUGGAGUAGAGAAAGGUUCACAGGACUAUUCUAGCACAUUAUUCUAGCCUAUAAUUUUCUAUUCAUCUUCUAUUUCUCUCACUUUGUGUGCGAAGUGUAAAGAUGUCAACAGCAUUAGAGGUGACUGGAUUCUUCAUGUGUUUGAUCGGCUGGGUGAUGACUGGCCUUGCUGUGGCUAAUGACUACUGGAAGAUAUCUAGUGUGCAAGGCACUGUAAUCGUUUCAAACCGCCUCUAUGAGAAUCUAUGGCAUGCCUGCGGCGAGGACAGCACUGGAAAGGCCAACUGCCAAGACUUUCAAUCCAUGUUAGCCUUGCCAGUUCAUAUUCAAGCAUGUCGAGCAUUAACUAUCAUCGCUCUGAUCAUGGGGCUGGUCGGUAUAAUUUUAUCUACCAUGGGGCUGAAGUGCAUUAAAUUUGGGACAAAAACAGAUGAGGCAAAAGGCAAGACAAUGGUCAUUGGUGGCAUUAUCUUCAUCAUUGCAGGUCUUUGCACUAUGGUGGCUGUAUCUUGGUACGCUACACGGAUUGUUCAAGAAUUCAAUGACCCCUUCUACGGAGGCGUCAAAUUUGAGCUGGGUAGUGGUCUCUAUAUAGGUUGGGCUGGUGCAGGGCUGUGCAUCCUGGGUGGUGCAUUCCAGUGCAGUGCCUAUAAAAGAGCCUCUCAAGCGAAAGACAAAGGGGCAUACUACCCAGGUGGAAAGCCAAAGACAAUCUAUACUCCCGCUCCAUCUACUGCAGAGACGUCAAAAGCUUACGUUUGAGACACCAGGGUCACCCAUAUUAACAAGGCUGAACUUUUGUUACGUUGAUGUUUGUUUUACUCAAUUAUGUUUUUACUACUUUUUUUUAGGGACAAAAUUAUGACAAAUGUAAAGAUCACUUAAAUUAUCAUGAAUGCUGAACUUCUGGAAUAAAAUAUGUUCUCUGAAUUAAGAUAUCUAGAUAUUGGUAACACUUUACAAUAAAGGUCCGUUAGUUAACAUGUUAGUUACAUUAUUAGUUACUAGUUAACAUGAACUAAUAAUGAACUGCACGUAUACAGCAUUUAUUGAUCUUUGUUAAGGUAAUUUCAACAUUUACUAAUACUUUGUUAAAAUCGUGUUAAAAUUAGUCAUGUAACUAAUUUUAACUAAUGAACUUUAUUGUAAAGUGUUAUCUAAAUAGUUUGCCUUGGUGUUUAGACUUGUGUUUUUAUGUAAAGGGGAGACUAGGGAAAGCUUUUUACAGCAUAGAAUAUUUCUCAUUGUAGGUUCAUUUUUAAAUGUAAUUUCUCUAUGGGAACUUACAUUACACAAUGGCUACAGAAAUCACAUGAUAGAUGGCAGGGCAUGUUGUUGCAUUGUAUUUGGUAUUUGGGACUGGCCAUUAAAUGGCCUUUCAUAUGUUCUGCAAAGUUUAAAUAAAACAAUAAAGACUUUAAAAAACAAACAAUAAAGACACAAUUAUCAUAAUGUA